UCUUUCUCCAGGCAGCUCUCUGUCUCUGUCUCUUUCUCUCUCUCUCUCUCUCUCUUAAGUCUCUUUGUAUAUAUAUAUAUAUAUAUAUUAUUGCCAUUAUCAUUGUCAUUAAGAAGAUAAAGAAAAGAGAGAAAAGCAAAGCUAAACUUUAUUACUCAUCAGAACAAGAACCAACAUAUCCAAGAAACAUGGGUAGAGCUCCUUGCUGUGAUAAAGCUAAUGUAAAGAAAGGACCAUGGUCACCUGAGGAAGAUGCCAAACUCAAGGCUUAUAUUGAGCAGAAUGGCACUGGGGGUAACUGGAUAGCCUUGCCUCAGAAGAUAGGGCUGAAAAGAUGUGGUAAGAGUUGUCGACUUAGAUGGUUGAAUUAUCUCCGCCCGAAUAUUAAGCAUGGCGCCUUCUCGGAGGAGGAAGAUAACAUCAUUUGCAGCCUCUAUAUAAGUAUUGGGAGCAGGUGGUCUAUUAUUGCUGCUCAAUUACCUGGAAGAACUGAUAAUGAUAUCAAGAACUACUGGAACACAAGGCUUAAGAAGAAGCUAUUAGGCAAGCAGCGCAAGGAACAACAAGCUCGGCGAGCUAGCCUUAGGCAAGCGAUAAAGAGAGAGAGCCAGAGUUUUAUAUCUCCUGUUGUUAUGAAUCAACAGACUCCUUACUGGCCAGAGCUACCACCACCAUCAACAACAAUCAUGCCAGUGAUGACUAAUCCAACCCACGAUUCUCAUUUCUUGGAUCAAGAAUCACUUAAGAGCUUACUGAUCAAGCUAGGAGGGAGAUUUUCUGAUGAUCGUAAUAAUCAAGAAUCACACAUGACCAACACAUUUUACCCUCUUGAUGGUUCUUGCGAUACUCAAGAUCAGCAAUAUUAUGCAAACUCAAUGAACAUGCUUCCUUCAUCGUCGAUGAAUUCCACUGAUAGCCCUUGUUCUCAACUGCCUAACACCAACUACGCAGUCAAUGGGCCUGCAGGUACAAGGAUGUUCCAAGGACUUGAUAGCUUCCCUGUUGAGCUAGAUGAAUUACUAGUCUACGACAAUAAUCAACAGCAAGUAGAAGGGCUUGAAAGUUUCUAUGGAAUGGAUAUGGCCAAUAAUGGAAGCAGAAAUGGGGCUAGUUCUGGAGAAAGCAGCAGUUGUUGCUGGGGAAAUGUAAGCUCAUCAGUACAAGGAUAUCCUCAACUUGUUUCUGAGUUUGAAACUUGCCUACAAAGCCUACCACAAGAUCAUUCAUGCUUUGAAGUUUCAGGUUACCUUGGGUCACAAUAACGUACCACUGCUACAUAUAGACCAUAGUUGAUAGUACACUGAUGGUGUAGAUUAAUUAAAUUUGUUUAGUAGGAAAUUUGAUGUUAAACCUCCUUCAUGAAUUUACUCAAGAGAGAAAUUAAUUU